UUUCCUACUCUUUCUCCCUCAAAUUUUUGGUGGAUUUUUAUUUUUAUUUUUCUUGCAUCUCUAAUCUAAUGGCUAGAACUGCAUCUACUUAAAUGUGGUAUAAGAACUAAGAACUGCACAGGCUUUCACACCACAAGCAAAAACCAAUCUCUUUUAGUUUCCUGGAGUUACUCACUUUGUCAAUUUAUUUCCAUUGCAAAAAGGAAAAUCAUGGCUGCUGCCCUAGUAGGAGGAGCAUUUCUGUCUGCAACCCUUCAAGUGUUAUUUGACAGGAUGGCAUCUCAGGAGGUCGUGAAGUUCAUCCGGGGAAGAAAAGUCUCUGCUACACUACUAACAAAGCUGAAGACAUGGUGUCUUACCCUCAGCAAAGUGCUCAAUGACGCAGAGGAAAAGGAAACCACAGACACAAUUGUCAAAGAAUGGCUUGAUGAGCUGAAGGAUGCUCUCUAUCACGCAGAGGACCUUUUGGAUGAGAUCGCUACUGAAGCUUUGCGGUGCCAAGUGGAAGCUGAUUUUGUAACCUCUACGAGUAAGAUGGCAUCUCAGGAGGUCGUGAAGUUCAUCCGAGGAAGAAAAGUCCCUGCUACACUACUAACAAAGCUGAAGACAUGGUGUCUUACCCUCAACAAAGUGCUCAAUGACGCAGAGGAAAAGGAAAUCACAGACACAAAUGUCAAAGAGUGGGUUGAUGAGCUUAAGGAUGCUGUCUGUCACGCAGAGGACCUUUUGGAUGAGAUCGCUACUGAAGCUUUGCGGUGCCAAGUGGAAGCUGAUUUUGUAACCCGUACGAGUAAGGUACGUAACUUCAUCUCUACUUCAUUUGAUCAGUUUGGGAGAAAACUAGAAUCAAAGAUACAAGUAGUCGUAGAUAAGCUGGAAAAUCUAGAUUCACAAAUAAAUGCUAUAGGUCUGAGAGAAGGUGUUGAAGGGAGAUCUUCCCAAAGAGUGCCCACAACUUCUCUGGUAGAUCCAGAAACUAUAAUUUACGGUAGGGAUGAUGAUGAAAAGGCAAUAGUCAACUUGCUGCUCUCAAACGAUGUAGCAAGCAACAACCACUCAACUGGUGUGAUUCCCAUUGUGGGCAUGGGUGGGGUUGGAAAGACAACCCUUGCUCGGCAAAUCUACAACAACCAAAAAAUUAUAGAACAUUUCAGCCUUAAAGCAUGGGUUUGUGUUUCAGAAGAAUUUGACGUUCCUAAGAUAACUAAAAAAAUUCUUGAGGCUGUCAGUCCACAAAAACAUGAUCACACUGACUUCAAUAAGAUCCAAACUGAAUUGAAGAAUUAUUUGAUGGGAAAGAAAUGUUUACUGAUUCUUGAUGAUGUAUGGAAUGAAAAUUAUGAUGAUUGGGCUCUCUUGAGUAUUCCCUUUAAAUAUGGAACAUCGGGAAGUAGAAUUAUUGUGACAACACGCAACAGAAGUGUUGCAUUGAUCAUGCGCCCUAUUCAAAUUUUUAAUCUUAAUAAAUUAUCAGAAGAAGAUUGUUGGCUAUUAUUUGCAAAUCAUGCCUUUGAAAAUGGAAAAUCUAAUGCAUAUCCUGAAUUAGAAAGAAUUGGUGAAGAAAUCAUUAAGAAGUGUGACGGUCUGCCAUUGGCAGCAAAAGCACUUGGUUGUCUAUUGCACUCUAAAUUAGAUGUAGAGGAAUGGAAUAAAAUUUUGAAAAGCGAAAUUUGGAGUCUGCCUAACGAUGGGGGUAAUGUUCUUCCAGCUUUAAGAUUAAGUUACAAUUACCUACCCUCACAUUUAAAGCGAUGUUUUGCAUAUUGUUCGAUCUUCCCAAAGAAUUAUCUAUUCAAAAUGGAAGAACUUGUUCAGUUGUGGAUGGGAGAGGGCUUCUUGCAACAACACAACAAGAAUGAAGAAAUGGAAGAUAUAGGUGCUGAGUACUUCCUUGAUUUAGUAUCAAGGUCACUUUUACAACGAUCAAAUGGAAGCAAAUUGUGCUUUCUAAUGCAUGACCUAGUCCAUGAUUUAGCUAAAUCUGUAUCUGGCAAAUUUUGUUUUAGAUCAGAAGGGGAUAACACAAACAAAAUUAUAGAAAAAACUCGUCAUUUUUCCUACUUAAGAACCACGUAUGACAUCCCAGAGAAGUUUACGGCUUUGUGCAAAGCUAAAAAUUUACGCACCUUCAUUGCGUUAGAAAUGAAAAAAGAAGACAAAGAUGAAGAUAAUAAGGUUUUGAAGUUCUACUUAACAAAAAAGGUACAACAUGAUCUAUUAUUGACACUAAGAUUCUUACGUGUGCUCUCUCUUUCACAUUAUUGUAAUAUAGAGUUGCCAGAGUUAAUUGGAGAUUUCAAACAUCUACGCUAUUUAGAUGUCUCUUUUACUGGGAUUGAGAAAUUGCCUAAGUCUACAUGUAUGUUGCCCAACUUACAAACGUUGAAUUUAUCAGGAUGCAAAUUUCUAGUUAAGUUGCCAAGAAAUAUGAGAAAUCUCAUUAAUUUGCGUCAUCUUUAUAUUAGUGGAACUAGCAUUAAAAAUAUGCCAAUACAUAUGGGUCGGUUACAAUGUCUUCAGACUUUGACCAAAUUUGUUGUCGGCAAGGACAUUGGAUUCCGAAUUGAAGAGUUAGGAAAACUUUCAAAUCUUCGAGGAGUCAUUGUGAUAUCGAAUCUCCAGAAUGUGAUAAACUCAACUAAUGCUUUGGAAGCAAAGUUGAAGGAUAAGGAGCACCUUAAGGAGCUAACAUUGGAGUGGGAUGCUGCCAAUGAUGUUAUUUCUCGAAGUGAAAGAGACGUACUCAACAAUCUGCAGCCUCAUACGAGCUUAACAAUGCUUGUUAUCAAGAAUUACAAUGACACAAGCUUUCCAAAUUGGGUUGGAGAUAGUUCAUUUUCAAAUAUAACAGUUGUUCAUCUAAACUCUUGUAGAAAUUGCUCUAGUUUGCCAUCACUUGGACAACUCCCCUCUCUUCUUGACCUCUUCGUUUUUGGGUUUGAUGAAGUUGUUACUGUGGAUGCUAACUUUUAUGGUAGCGGUUCUUAUACUGCUACACCAUUUCAAUCACUGAAAAUAUUGAGAUUUAAGGCAAUGUCGAAGUGGGAGGAAUGGUCUCCUUAUCACAAAGAAGGCAAAGAUGAAGAAGCUUUUCCGAGUCUCCAAGAGCUUUAUCUUGAAAAAUGUCCAAAACUAAGUGGAAGCUUGCCCAAGCACCUACCUUCUUUAACCGAACUUGGGAUUGAGGAAUGUGAACAGCUUGAGACUUCUCUCCCUACUGCUCCUUUUAUUCGUAAAUUAGUAGUAAGGAAUUGUAAUGUUGAGUUGUUGAAAAAAUUGCCACCCACGUUGCACGACCUCACAAUAAUCGGAUUCGAAAACCUGGAGUCUCUGCCAGAGGGAGUGAUGGACCACAACCACUCUGUUGAAAGGUUAUUUAUCUCUGAAUUUCCUGUGCUCAAGUCUCUUCCUCGUGGUGGUCUAUCCAGUCCCACUACACUAAAAUAUCUUUUUAUCCGUAAUUGUAAGGAAUUGGAAUUCCCGAUGUACCCCUGCUAUUCUUCCCUUGUCGGACUGAUUAUAGAAUAUAGCUGUAAUCCUCUGAAGUCAUUUCCAUUGGACAUCUUCCCGAAGCUUCGUUAUCUCAUAAUCGAAGGGUGUAGGAACAUGGAGUCCCUUUCAGUUUCGGAGGGACAUCACCUAACUGAUCUCCUACGGUUGAAAAUAAAAAAUUGCCCUCAUUUUGUAGCUUUUCCCAGUGGAGGAUUGUCGGCCCCCAAUCUCUCAGAAUUAGAAGUCAGUAAUUGCUCUCUUCUCAAUUCACUCCCAGAAAACAUGCACGCGUUUCUCCCGUCUCUUCAAUUUUUGGAUAUCAUUAAUUGUCCACAAAUUGAGUCUUUUCCGAAAGGUGGUCUGUCAUCCAAUCUAAUUUCUUUAAGAAUCAGCGACUGCAAAAAACUAAUUUGCAAUAGAAUGGAGUGGGGCUUGCAAAGACUGCAGUCUCUUAAAAGAUUAGCAUUCAUAAAUUAUGAUCAUGAUUGCUGGGAUGUGGAGUCCUUUCCGGAGGAGUAUUUACUGCCCACAACUGUUACCCAUCUUUACAUCACUGGAUUUGGAAAUUUGAGAACGUUGGACAACAACGGGUUUCAACACCUUAACUCUCUUCAAUAUUUGUCCUUGGAAGACUGCCCGAAGCUCAAGCACAUGCCAGAAGAGGGGCUGCCUGUCACAAUCUCGAACGUAAAGAUCAUUACAUGUCCUUUGUUGACGAAACGAUUACAAAGGAAGAAGGGAAAAGAGUGGAGCAACAUUGCUCACACCCCCUUCAUAGAAAUCAUUGAGCGCAAUCAGUUGUCCAUCGAUGGUGAAUCGAGAAGAACAUUUCUCUCUUGAUUUCUGUGAAGAAGCUGCCAAAAGUAUGACAGGAUUCAUGCUCAGUUACCUGUUCUUUGUUAAACAAAUGCUUUCAAAGUGAAAAUGGAAAAGUGCGCAACUCAAAAUUCAUGCAUUGCUGCCUGUUCUAGCGAACCAAUCCCCUGUAUGCAAGGUUAAUUUCACCACUUGACGACCUUAGUUUCUUGAAAGCUCCAUGGCUGUUGGAAAGUAAGGCUAAACUAAUAAAAGAAAAUUCAGAAUGGAAAGCGCUUGUGACUAUUUCUGGGUGGCAAUGUUUUGAUUGAACAAUGCAGAUGACCUUAGUUUCUUGGAUACUCCAUGACUGUCAGAAAGUACGGCAGAAUUGAUAAAAAAAUUUAAAAUGGAAAGCGCCAAAGACUAUUUUUGGGAGGCAAUAUUUUGAUUGAGCAAUGCAAAUUGGCUGGCUAAGACUACCUCUCUUUUACAUUUUGGAAUUGACAUGAAGCCUUUCCUGAGGAUAUGUCUACUUUGGGUUAUUACCUCUCUGUGGGUGCAGAUUGUCUUCCUAACUCCAGGCAGCUCAAAAGACUCAGCAUGUCAUUGCUCCUUCUAUCCUUUUUGUCCACACUAGUAGGAUUUGGAAAUUUGAGAACAUUGGACAACGAGGGGUUUCAACACCUUACCUCUCUUCAAUAUUUGUCCUUGGAAGACUGCCCGAAGCUCAAGCACAUGCCAGGAGAGGGGCUGCCUGUCACAAUCUCGAACGUAAAGAUCAUUACAUGUCCUUUGUUGACGAAAUGAUUGCGAAGGAAAAAGGGAAAAGAGUGGCGCAACAUUGCUCACACCCCCUUCAUAGAAAUCAUUGAGCGCAACACAUCAAAUAAAGCAAAUCAGUUGUCCAUCAAUGGUGAAUCGAUAAGAACAUUUCUCUCUUGAUUUCUGUGAAGAAGCUGCCAAAAGUAUGACAGGAUUCAUGCUCAGUUACCUGUUCUUUGUUACAAAAAUGCUUUCAAAGUGAAAAUGGAAAAGUGCGCAACUCAUACUUCAUGCAUUGCUACCUGUUCUAGCGAACCAAUCCCCUCUAUGCAAGGUUAAUUUCACCACUUGACGACCUUAGUUUCUUGAAAGCUUCAUGGCUGUUGGAAAGUAAGGCUGAACUAAUUUCUGGGUGGCAAUGUUUUGAUUGAACAAUGCAGAUGACCUUAGUUUCUUGAAAACUCUGGCUGUUGGAAGUAGUGUAGAAUUGAUAAAAAAAUUUGAGAAUGGAAAGUGCCAGUGACUAUUAGUGGGUGGCAAUGUUUAGAUUGAGAAAUGCAUACGACCUUAGUUUCUUGAAAACUCGGUGGCUGUUGGAAAGUAAGGCUGAACUGAUAAAAGAAAAUUGAGAAUGGAAAGUGCCAAUGACUAUUUUUGGGUGGCAAUGUUUUGAUUGAACAAUGCAGAGCUUUCUCUUCUCACUGAGUGAGAGAGUUGAACCAAAACUCAUAGAGCUCUCUCUAUAAUCGGAAGCUUUGUCGGCGACAGGGGAUUCGAGAAAUGACGUCGGACUGAGCCCAGGCCGAAUCGUGAGACAUGUGAACCUCGAGAUCGGAAGCUACGCCGACGAUAAGGGAUUCAAGAAAUGACGACGGACUGAGCCCAGGCUAGAUUGUGAGACACGCGGACCUUGAGAUUGAAAGCUUCGCUGGCGACAGGGGAUUCGAGAAACGAUGUCGAACUGAGCCCAGGCCGGAUCGUGAGACUCAUGGACCUUGAGAUCGUGAGACAGGUGGGUCGGAGCUCCAUUUCUUGGCUUCAGUUUUUUUUGCUCUGUGUUCUUCUUCUUCUUGUUUGGCAAUGUGGGAUUUGGUUGUGGGUUUCCUGUGCAUUCUUUUGGGAGAAGUAAAGAAGAAGAUGGGCUUCCACGGAGAAGUAAUGAGAUGCGGGUAGCAACAGUAGGCGACACCAGUGAUGGGGUCCAUGAUUUUGGGGAAACGUUGUAGAGAUACGUAACUGAGAACUGAGUCCAAACAUGUGUUUUGCAAUUUUUAAGUGAAGAUUGGCUGGCUAAGGCUACCUCAUUUUACAUUUUGGAAUUGACAUGAAGCCUCUCCAGAGGAUAUGUCUACUUUGGGUUAUUACCUCUCUGUGGGUGCAGAUUGUCUUCCUAACUCUAGACAGCUCAAAAGACUCAGCAUGUCAUUGCUCCUUCUGUCCUUUUUAUCCACAACAGUAGGAUCUGCCCAACUCCUUUCUUACCAUCAAGAACAUAAAAUUUAACUAUGCUAAGACAAGGGUCCAGAGGCACAGAGAGUGGAAAACCAGCUGCUAGUUCAAUAUUGCUUAGGUUAAGGCUCACUGACUACACUAUAAAAUCUUCAAAGGUAUCUUUAAAUGUAUGCCAUGUCACUCUUCCCUUCAGUCUUUUGUCAUAUUUGAUAGAUAUAAUUCUCUAUCAUCAUUUGGUUUGGAUAUCUUUCCAAAGUUUUUUAGUCUCAAAAUCAACAUGUGUAGCAACAUCAAGUCUCUCUCUAUUUGGGAGGGACAUGAACUUGUUAUCCUAGCUUUUGAAAUCAAGGAGUGCCUUAAUUUUGCAAAUUCUCCCAGUGGGGGAUUGCCAGCUCCCAACCUUUCACUGUUGAAAGUCCAUGAUUGCCUUCAUCUCAAGUCACUUCUUGAAAAUAUGGAUACGUGCCUCCCAUCUCUUCAAAUUUUGGAUAUCGCAAACUGCUAACAAGUUGAGUCUUUUCCAGAAGGAGGUUUGCCAACCAAUAUGAAUUGUCUUGCCAUCGAUGCUUUUGAGAAACUCAUUGCCAAUAGGAAGCAGUGGGGUUUGCAAAGACUGCACUCUCUUAAUCAAUUAUUAUUGUCUUCGUAUAAAAAAAAAAAAAUUAAUUAUUGUCUUGUGAUGAUUGUAGGGAAGAGAAGUGCUUUCCUGAGGAGGAUGUCCACAAGUUUUAGCACUCUUUUUAUAAAGGAAUUUCAAAAUCUAAGAUCCCUAGACAAGUAGGGCCUUCAACUCAUUACCUCUCUUCAACUAUUGUCUAUCUUAGUAUUUAUCAAAAGAACUAUUGUCUGUCUCAGACGCCUCAGACUAAAGCAGAUGCCAGUAGAUGGGAUUUCUUGACAAAACAAUACCAAAAAAAGAAAGAAUAAAUGUGUAGUGCAAUAUUUCUUGCAUCUGUAUUAAACUAUUUAAUGAUGAAGUCUCAUUAUUUGAGCCAAAAGUGUAGACGAGAUCAAAUCCCACUUCACAAUAAGCAAGUGCCACAAAAAGCUUGGUCAAACACAUGCCAGAAGAGCAGUUAACAAAAAAAAUUGCCUAGGAAGAAGGGAGAAUAUUGGCAAAAGAUUGGUCACAUCUGCUGCAAAAAAAAUGGAUGCCUUAAGUCAGACGACCUUAGUUUCUUGGAAAUUGCAUGGCUAUUGGAAAGUAGGGCAAAAUUGAUAGAAAACAAUUUGAGAAUGGAAAGUGCCAAUGACUUUUUGUGGGAGGCAAUGUUUUGAUUGAGCAAUGCAGAUUGGAUGGCUAAGACUACCUCUCUUUACAUUUUGGAAUUUGCAUUAAGCAUCUCAAGAUGAUAGGUUUGCUUUUGGUUAUUACCUCUCUGUGGGUGCAGAUUGUCUUCCUAACUCUAGACAGCUCCAAAGGCUCAACAUGUCACUACUCCUUCUGUCCUUUUUGUGCACACCAGUAGGAUUUGCCCAACUCCCAUCUUACCAUCAACAACAUUAACAAGGGGCCAGAGGUGUGGAGAGAGGGAAAUCCAGCGGCUGGCCCUAUAUUGCUCAGGUUGAGGCUCACUGACUACACUAAAAAAUCUUCAAAGGGAAGAGAAGUGCAUUCCUGGAGAGGACUUCCACAAGUCUUAGCACUUUUCAUAUAAAGGAAUUUCAAAAUCUGAGAUCCCUAGACAAGAAGGGCCUUCAACUCCUUACCUCUCUUCAAGUAUUGUCUAUCUCAAACUGCCCCAGACUAAAGUAGAUGCUAGAAGAUGGGAUUUCUUGUUUCCAUUCUAAGCUACAGUUUUGUCAAUGUUUUGCCUAGAUAAAAAUUUUCCAAAAAAAAAAAAAAAAAAAAGGGUGGCGCAGGAUUGCUCACAUCUCUAUCAUACAAAUCAAUGAUGAAGUCUCAUUAUCUGAGCCAAAAGUGUAGAUGAGAUCAAAAACCACUUGACAAUAAGUAGUAAGUGCCACAAAAGGCUUGGUCAAAUACAUUCCAGAAGAGUAGUUAACAAAACAAUUGCCAAGGAAGAAGGGAAAAUAGGGGGGAAAGAUUGGUCACAUCUAUUGCAUAAAAAUGGAUGCCCAAACCCAAAUCAGGGGAUUUUCUAAACUCAAGUCUUUUGUGCACAUUCUAGUCGGAAGGGGGCUUUCAGCAUUGUCCAUUUCUUAUAUAUUAAGUUCAGAUACAAGCUUGACAUGCAAGUUGGUGAUAUAAUACAACAUGCAAAUUUUGUAGUAUUUGACAAAGAAGCAGAGAAGUUAUUUAAAGUUCUUGAUACGAAACUCUCCAAUGUGGAAGAAAAGGAUGUAGAUGGUGACAAUGUUAUUCCAAAUAGUAUCAAUGCAUUAUUGGAAAACCUACAUCUUCCAAGUGAAAUUUACUGCAUACAGUCUCUUUGUUUGCAACCAAAGCUUUACGGAAACAACAAAAAGGACUAAGAAUGGAAAUGAAGUAUCCAAAGAAACAAUUUGUGCUGAAGUAAAGAAAAGAAAAUUUUUGAAGAAAUAAAUCCAAAACGAGAAUGUGGACGCUCAAAUAGAAGUGUUAGAUGAUUAGCGAACAUAUAAAAUAUUUAAAUGAAACUUUGAAUAUUUAGACUUCAAAUCAGGUCGUGAUGUUGUGCUUUCUGAUAGAAGAAUAGAUACUUCAGAGCCUAACGACUAGUUUCAGCUAAAGGUCAUAUUUUAAUUCUGCAGAAAAACGGCACCGUAUCUCAUUAUUACAAACGGUGACGUUUUGGUCUUAAAGAGAAUUCUUUCAGUCAAGCUAUACGACAUCGUUUAGCCUUGGAGCUUCAGAGUCAGUGUUAGCAUCUUCUUUGAAGGAUGGGCUGCUGAGAUAUUUUUUUUGUAAUUAGAUAUUUUCUGUUAAGAGCACAUUAAUCACAUGCGUAAAUAGAGUGGUUAGAUUAGAUUUAAGCUUAUCUCUUGCUCUAUAUAUAGAGAACUAUACACAUUUUAUUAUUCAGUUAGUGUUGCUAAUAUUCAAUCACAUUGAUUUUA